CAAAAAAUCCCUUCUUACUCCAGCAUUAGUGGAAAAGUUAAUUUGACUGUGUGGCCUUUUAAUCUUUUCGGAACCUCUAAAUGUUAUUUAUGAGCAGAUCCACAAAAUAUUCUUCUCGCCAUUCUUAAAUCCAAAUACAGUAUAUGCUUAUUUGUGCAGAAUUAUACAAGCAUAUUGACUGGUUUAAUAUCACUUGUCUAGGAAAUUAGCUUAUAAAAUGAAAAUGCUAAUGGGCUCAGAGGCAGAUACCGACUUCAAGCAAAAAUAAUAAUUUAUGUUCAAUUCAUCUUUUUUUGCUGACCACAUACUAGCAACAUCAAGCCGACAACAGAAUUAACACAUUUUACUGCUUUUAAAAUAAAUGCUUAUAAAAUAAAUAAUUCAGGCCACAGCAAAAUAAACAUGGGCAUUUCCCUGUAUUUCUCCCGUUUUCGAUCCGAAUAAGGAAAAGGCAGCAAUCGGGUGUUGAAAUCGGGAGAAACACUAUGUGGCUAGAUGGAGCUUUCAAGGAAGUGGAGAAGAAGAUGCUCAUUGGCCUCGUUUUGACAGCACUGCUCGCAGAAUCCUUUUCGUUCGUCGUUCUGCCUGGGAUCACUGUGGAAGGAACCCCGAAAUCAUCCCCGAAUUCAACAUCUACGAAGCAACCUUUUGUUGAGAAAUACUCAAUAUCCGUCAUUGGGACAAAAGCGACGAGUUCAAAACCGGCUUCAAAAUCAGCUCUCCUCAAACGAAAGUUGAAAGGAGAUGAAGAAUCUGGCAAACGUCAAGGUGGAAAUAAAGAAGAAUCCAAGGACUUCGACGACGAAGACGGACACAAAUUACGCGAAUCUGACUUUUCCGUAUGAGUUCAAAUUCUAAGCAGCGGAAACAUUUUCUUUUUUUUCAAAAACCGUUUCAAGAAAAGAAAAAACAAGUUCCGAAAUGUGUAUUCUAAUGCUUUUCCAAUCAGUAUUGAUAUUUUCGGGCUGCACUUUGAACCUAUUUUAGGUACGCGAGAGAAAAUUUUGCAUCAUUUCAAGUUUCUGCAAGCGUUCAAGGCAUAAUUGAAAUGAAGUCGCUUUGUUGUUGAAUAUCCCUUGAGAAAAUUAUUACGUUUUCUUUGGUUUAUUCUUUCAUCCGAGAAAUAGGAAGUGGACGACGUGCAUUUGGAAAAAUUUAAUGAUCGCCAUAGAGGCUUUAUGAACGAGUAUUGCUCCAUAAAAAUCAUCCAACCGUAACAGCAAUGUAAAUGGAUCUGUCAGAACCCAUUUCAUCAUGGAAGUAAAUGCAUCAAUAAUCUAAUCGGUUUUCGGGAUGAUUCAGUGAUUUAUAAUAUUUUUUAGUCUGAGUACCAGAUUUCGUCAAACUUUUGAACCGAAAAAUGAUUUAAAAUUAUGCAUCGAAGCGACAAAAACUACUCUAUUCCUGUUCUAUAUCAGCCGUAUCACUAGGAAAUUGAUGCUAGUCAUUAUCAAAAAUCGAAUCUCCACUGUUCUGAAAUGCAUUUUAAAAAUCGGCGAAAAUAAAACGCGUUUCGUAGGGAAAAUAAAUUAAUAUUCGUCGCGGAAAAUAAUUGUCUUGAUCGAAGAUAGCGAGAACGUCUUGAAUUUACGCGAAUAAAACACGGACUUGGCUUUUUCA